AUGCCUUCACGGCGUUCAUUUCCAUUUUCCGUUCGAUCUGGAACGCCAAAGCGUGGCCCAAGCCUUCCCUCGGAAGAAGACUUUAGUAUCGAUGGCAUUUUGCGAGCCAUCGAGCCUGAAAUUCGAAGUACUUUGGACACGAUUGGCGAAAUAUGUGGCCGUAGCAAACUCAGUUUGGCCAACGAGUAUGGAAGUCAUAUUGCGCCUUUGGGAGAAAUUCGGGCCCCCCCUGGCGGUCUCUUGACUGUCGAGGAAGCCAGCUCAGACCAUGAACGACAACCUGAUGAUGCUGUGAUAAUUUUUGAUGACGACAGUAACAGUGUCAUGGGUGUGCGGGAUUACACCACUGUGCCUCAAUAUCGUUACUUAGAACAGACCGGACCCUCUACAAUCACAUCUUCUACAAUGGUGUAUCACUCAUUCGUGCCGUUCUCCGUUGCGGAGGGCUUGUCUGUCCUCGCGCAGUCUGACAAUCCGCGAUCGCUCCUUCCUGCCAAUCUCGAGGGAAACACCUCAGACCCCGUUGCAGAUUCAUUGCCUGCGACUAGGGAAUUCAUGUCGAAGCCGAACUCAAACGGCCGGACAUUGCUCGGAAAGCAGAACGAACGCAUCACAGAGGACCAGCUUAAGAGUAUCCUGACACCUGCGCUUGUAUCAGAGAUCCUCCUCGACGCACAAGCCAACGGCCAUUCAUUGCACACCUUUCCUUCUGACUCUCGUCAAGGCCAGCUGUCCGCAGGAGAGAACGGUGAUACCACGACAAGGGAUCCUGGACAGUCAGAUAAACUGUCCGUACUGACAGAUGUGCAAGCGCUGUUCAACUGGCUCAGAAAUGCUUCUCAAGACGGCCAACCUCGGUCCGCUGAGAAGCUGCUGCGUGCCAUGCUUGAGAGACAAAAUGAACAGCAUCCGUCAAGAAACAUAGGCUAG